AUGGAAAAGAAAACCCUCGGUCUCAUCAUCGGAAUCAGCGCCCUGUCUGUCGUAGGUGGUGCCCUGACAAUCUACCACUGCUGCAUCAAGAAGAAGCCCGACGACGGACACAGCCCGUUCUACCCAGGCACCCCAACUCCAGGUACUCCCGCCGGCUCUACCUCUGCCAGCCCCAGACCCUCUCUGACCGUCUUGGAACCAAAGCCUUGGGAACCAAAGUCAUGCGAGCCAGUGGCCUAG